AUGGUCGCGUAUUCACCUGACAUGCGGUGUAAGACGACCCUGGGGACAGCUUUGGAGGUGACCGCUCUACAGAGUGCAAAGACGAGCAGACGGGCCAAGGUGCAAAAGCUGCUAGAGUUGCAGGCAAGGAUUGAGGGCGAGCGCGCGCUGAUGGCUAAGUCCCUGGAAGUCGUGCAUUCCAGCCUUGUGAAAACUGCGGAGCUCUAUGCGGAGGUCGUGCGGGACCCCCAGAACGUGGCGCGCCGGUUUCCCGGCAUCACCUUCCCGGACUGUUUGGCCGGGCCCGGUGGGAGCCAGUUUGGAGAAGACAAGCACGUGUUCACCAAGUUCUUUAGCAAGCCCGCGAUCAAGCGCGACGGCGUCUUCUUUGAGAUGGGGGGGUUGGACGGGAUCAGUUUCAGCAACAGCCUCUUUUACGAGCAGUGUCUCGGGUGGAGCGGAGUCAUGGUAGAAGGCCAACCGGACAAUUUCUUCACUCUGAAAAAGAACCGCAACCGAGAGGGCACGCGCCGGCUUUGGAUGGCCGGGUGCGCGGAGGACGGGGGCAUGCUUUCCUUCCCGGCGCGGGGGUCGGCGGUGUCCGGCGACCGGUCCCAAAUGACCGAGCACUUCUUGGACAACUUUGCGGGUGAGCACGGGAAUGGUUCCGUGCUCGUGCCGUGCGGGCCGCUCGGCAAGUACAUCAACCUCGCGGGCGUGACGCGGAUCGACUUCUUCAGCCUGGAUGUCGAGGGAGCGGAGAUGCUGAUACUGGAGUCGAUGGACUGGUCUAAGAUUGAGUUGCAUGUGCUUAUGGUGGAGAUGAGCGGGAAGAGGAGGGACGAGAUCCCGCCCUUGUUGCAGUCGCUUGGGUUUGUGGAAGACUCGGAAGGCUUUCACGAGGGGUCUACCCUAUGGUACAAUGCGAGUUGGGUUGAGUAGUCAAAAUUAUGGUUGUAGUAAAAGGGCCUUGUCCAACUUUCAACUUGAAUUUCAAAUACCAUUGAUGUAGCCACCUGUAGGUACGAGUCGACCGUCUCAGUACUGCUUGGAAGAUUGACGCUGAUUGUACCGUCGGGUGCAUGUGCAAAAACCAACUUUGCUGAACACGUUUUUAUGCGAUGGCCAUUGGCCAAGUGACCUCCUUGAGUUGAAACAGGCGGCGGAUAGCAUAAGUGACGCCGACGGAUCGCAACUGACACCAGAUGCAUCCAUGCCAGGACACUCAUUGGUAACCGUCCGGCCAGACUACAGGUGUCCAGUUGAAUUAAGUUGCAAUGAGUCAUUGUUAUACGAAAUAAUUUGUAGUGACAGCAAGGGUGUUGACGAUUAUGCACAGAAAUACAUUUCGGACGUCGGGCG